UAGCCAGUCAGUCUCCCGUGGUGCGCGCCGCGCGGCCGUCUCUGUCCGUCCCUCGCCUCGCCCCGCUUCGCGCCCUCCGCCGCGCGCCCCGCCGCCGCCGCCCUCUCGCUGACGGCAAGGCGCUGACCGUCCUGGAGCAGCACCGCUGCAGCAUCGCGACGACGCGGCCCGUGCGCCGUCCCCGAGAGCGUGCCGCCGCGCACGUCCGCGCGCGCCGCGGCGCCCACCUGGACAGGUGGCUCCCGCCAGAGCCCGCCGCCCGAGGAGCGCGACGAGGAGGCCAGCACGCAGCCAGGCGUGCCGCGCAUGUCGCCCAGAGUGUCCCGCCCGCGAUAAAUGUUGAAAUAGAUGGUGUGAUUGGUAAUCUGUGUUGACGAGCCGCUGUUCAGCCGGGCCGGGCCGUGCUGCUGAGCAAAGAUCAGGGGCUGUCGCCUGCCUCGCCGCCUCGCCGCGCCUCGUCGCGGUCCCUUGUCGCGUUGGCCAUUGAUGCCAUUGGCCAGCGGCCCCGUCCCCGUGGGAUCCCGCCAGACGCCCCGCCCGAGGCUACAAGAGCUCCUGGCGGCGGCCUGCGGUGGCCUCACCGGAGGCUACCAGCAGACGACGUGUGCUCCCAACUCCCAUAUGGCUGUCAUCGCCUCCCCGGCCGGCCCUCCAUGCGACCACGGCGGCCAUGCUAUCGGCCCUCUCUAUCAGGCCUAAAUAUAACCGGGGGUGAUAAGGACUGUCUCUCUCGCACUCCUUGGAGGAAGCGACGACCCCCGACCGACCGUCUGCCGAGUGAACAUGGCGGGGUGGAAAGUGUUGUGCUUCGUCCUCGUCGUGUUGUCGGCGGCGACGUGCCCCACCCGUGCCGCCGAGGCCCCCGGCGCCGACCCCGGGGCUGCCCCAGGGUUGGCGCCCCUCGGUGGGGGCGUCCUCAGCUACGUGUCCAACGUGAUGCACUACCUCACCGGGGUGGCGUCUGAGCUGGUGGCCGGUGCCAGCGCGGGGCCGUGGUCGAACAAGUCAAUCAGCCCCUCGGACACACUGCCGGAAACGCCCCCGGAGGUCCUGCCGGACGAAGAGCUCCUGAGGCGACCCGCCAAGUUCAAGUACACGGUGGAGGAGCUGCUGCACACGCGCUUCGAGCGGAAGAUGUCCAACGACAUCGACAUCGACCCUUGCAAAGGAGGUGGGUUCCAGGGCGACAUCGCGCUGCCUAACGUGCAGUACGAGCUGGAGUGGCAGCUACACAAGCAGAACCGCUCGGAGCAGGAGGCCGAAGAGGUGCGCAAGAUGGCGCUUCUCGAGGGACUGCAGGUCGAGGAGGAGGGAUUGCCGGAGUUCCGCAAAAAGCAAGAGUCGUCGUCUGGCUCUUCGCCGGCGUCCUCGGGCGCGGGGGCGGCCGUCGUCCCCAACGUGCUGCGCGGCCCGCUCGUCCACAACGGCCGCGUGGUGCAGCCGGGCGAGCUCGCGGUGCUCCUGGGCCACAGCGUGCACAACGGCGAGGUGAUCCGCGCGCCCACCAUGGUGUACGCCACGGACGACGGCGGCGAGCUGGAGCGCCAUCGGGAGACCACGCGCCUUCAGAAGAAGCACGGCCUGCCCGGCCAGGACGCCGACGAGGAGAACGAGGACCGCGACGCAGACGACAUUAUGGUCGAGGAGGCCGUGGUGGCGAGCUAUCCAUCGGACAGCCCGGCCACUACCUCCGCGGUGCCUCCCGCCAAGAAACGCGGCGAAGAGCCCAAGACGACGACUGCAACCCCAAUCACCACGACGACCACGGGAAGGCCGGCCACGCAGGCGCCCAGAAACAAGGCGGCUGGCAAGAAGCACCAGCACAAGGCAAGGACGAGCACCACGACCAUGGCCACCACCCCUGCGGACGUGUCCACGUCCACAGAGGUGUCGACGAGGCAGUCGACCAGGGCUGGGCGCAAGGGCAAAGGCAAAGGCAGGGGCCGAGCCAAGGCCGCGCAGAGGGCUAGGGAGCGGCACGGGUCUGAGGGCGAGGACCAGGCAGAGGAUCCCGUCGAGGACCUCGCCGAGGAAAUCGAAUCCAAGAUGACGCCGAGACCCAGAAAGCAGCGUGGCAGAAAAAACCGACAGCGACAUCGGCCUGACGGAACGGCCGCCCCCAGCAGCGCCAGCAGCAGCGCCCUGGCGGUCGUGGACAGGGCGGAGGAGCCCCGCAGUAGGAACCCCCGGGCGGCCACGGCGCGCAAGGAGAGGAUCUGGGACUACGGCGUGAUCCCGUACGAGAUCGACCACAUGUUCGGAGGCUCCCUCAAGGCCCUGUUCAAGCAGGCCAUGCGGCACUGGGAGAACUCGACGUGCGUCAAGUUCGUGGAGCGGGUGCCCGAGGAGCACCCCAACUACAUCCUCUUUACGGAGCGGCCGUGUGGGUGCUGCUCGUUCGUAGGUAAGCGGGGCAACGGUCCACAGGCCAUCUCCAUCGGCAAGAACUGCGACAAGUUCGGCAUCGUGGUCCACGAGCUGGGCCACGUUGUGGGCUUCUGGCACGAGCACACGCGGCCCGACCGCGACCGCCACGUGCAGAUCGUGCGCGACAACAUCCUGGCCGGCCAGGAGUACAACUUCAACAAGCUGACGAGCGAGGAGGUCAACUCGCUCGGUCUGCCCUACGACUACGACUCCAUCAUGCACUACGCGCGCAACACCUUCUCCAAGGGCACCUACCUCGACACCAUCCACCCCAUCGAGUCCAUACGCAAGCGCAAGCACGAGAUCGGCCAGCGCAUCCGCCUGAGCGAGGGCGACAUCGCGCAGACCAACCUGCUGUACAAGUGCAUGAGAUGCGGGCGCACUCACCAGGAGAACUCUGGGCUGAUCCAGUCGCCGCGCGGCUCCCCGGGGAACGACCGCUGCGAGUGGCGCGUGACGGCCACGCACGGCGAGCGCAUCGUGCUCAACGUCACGCAGCUGGACCUGCACGAGGUGGACAACUGCAAGCACGACUACCUGGAGGUCCGCGACGGCUACUGGUACCGGGCGCCGCUGCUUGGUCGCUUCUGCGGGAAGAAGACCCCCGACACGAUCACCUCCACGGGCAGCAGGCUCCUCAUCACGUACAUCACGUCCUCCAAGCAGGUCGGCCACCAGGGCUUCACAGCCGUGUACGAGGCGGUGUGCGGCGGCGACGUCCUCAUCGAUGGCUCCGGCAACCUCGAGUCGCCGAACUUCCCCGACGACUACCUCCCCAACAAGGAGUGCGUGUGGCGGCUGACGGCGCCCCAAGACUUCCAAGUGGCACUCGUCUUCCAGACGUUCGAGGUCGAGAACCACGACAGCUGCACCUACGACAACGUAGCCGUGUACGACGGCAACAGCACGGACGCUCCACUUAUCGGGGUGUUCUGCGGGAUGAAUAUCCCUCCGGAAGUGCACUCUACUGGGAACCAGUUGCUCGUGAAAUUUGUGUCGGAUGGCUCUGUGCAGAAAGGAGGUUUCUCAGCGACAUAUCUGAAAGAAUUUGACGAAUGCGCAAGAUCGGACCAUGGCUGUGAACACAAAUGCGUCAACACAUUAGGAGCAUAUGAAUGCAAAUGUGACAUCGGAUAUGAAUUGCAUUCAGACAACAAAAAAUGUGAAGAUGCUUGCGGUGGUAUGUUGGAUACCCCCAAUGGUACAAUUACCUCACCGUCAUUCCCCGAAAUGUACCCAGCAAACAAGCGGUGCACAUGGGAGAUCUUAGCUGAAGCUCAUCAUCGUAUUACUCUUAAUUUUACUCAUUUUGAUUUAGAGGGAAAUAAUCUUGAAUGUGAGUACGACAGAGUUGUGGUUUACCACAAACGACCUGGAGGUCAGCUGAAGAAACAAGGAGCCUACUGUGGACCUCACCUACCACCUCUUAUAACAUCAGAAGGCAAUGCUUUACGAAUUGAAUUCUAUUCUGAUCUCUCAGUCCAAAAGUCAGGCUUUGCAGCAGUAUUUUUGACAGAUCUUGACGAGUGUGCAAAAAAUAAUGGAGGUUGCCAGCAUGAGUGCCGCAACACACUUGGCUCAUAUGUCUGCUCUUGUCACAAUGGAUAUGCUCUUCAUGAGAAUGGUCAUGACUGCAAAGAAGGAGGUUGCAAGUAUGAGAUUUCAGUUCCACAUGGCACGGUCUCAUCACCUAACUACCCAGAUUACUAUCCAGCUCGCAGGGAAUGUAUUUGGCAUUUCACAACCACCCCUGGACACCGAAUAAAGCUGGUCUUUUCCGAGUUUGAAAUGGAACCCCACCAGGAAUGUGCUUAUGAUCAUAUUGUUAUUUACGAUGGAGAUUCAACAGAUGCUCAUACUUUGGGCCGAUUUUGUGGAUCAAAGGUUCCUCACCUUAUUGCUGCAACGAGCAAUCAAUUGUAUAUGGUUUUUAAAUCAGAUGCAUCAGUCCAGCGGAAAGGAUUUUUCGCCACGCACUCCACUGUUUGUGGCGGUCACCUAAUGGCUACAACUCGGGUGCAGCACUUAUACUCACAUGCAAGAUUUGGCGAUCUUGAUUAUGACAGCCACGCUGAUUGUGAGUGGACGAUAGGGGCUGCACCUGGAGCGCCUAUGUAUAUUCAACUCACAUUCCUAACUUUUGAAAUUGAGCCAGAAAAAGAAUGUUCCUAUGAUUAUGUUGAAGUUUUCAAUGACUUUGAUGCCAUUGGUUCUUCAUUUGGGAGAUUCUGUAGUUAUAAUACUCCUGGUGAGCUGAGGGGCGAAGUUGAGCUACGAGUACGAUUUCAGACUGAUGACAGUGUAGUGGCCAAAGGAUUCUCAGCAGCUUACAUAGCAGUAGAAUUCCCUGAUGUGGAAGAAGACUUGAGAAUUCCAGAUGAAGAUGAGGGAAAAUGAGGAAGGCAUUCACCUCCUCUUACAGCCCUUAUUGGCCGAGGAGGUGAAUCUCAAGGAGCUACUGAACGUACAAAAAUAUGUGGGUAUUAUGGUGAUCGUGGCCAGUACCUCUGCUUUGUAAAUUCCAAUCUGCCCAGACCUCUACCUCAAGCAUGGAAGGAGAGACUAGAUCGUUUACUGCGCCAGGAGCGGAGAGAACGUCGUCAGCGGCACAAGAAGUCGAGAAAUGGGAGGAAACCUCAGAAGGCGGCUGUGCACAAGAAAGAAAUGGAAACUAAAACAGUGAAAUACUAGGAGGCAGUUGAUUUUGACAGUUUAGAUGAACCCCUUAAAGCAUCAACUUUAAGGACAGCACAAUAUGACAAUCUGUUUCACAUGAAAAACAGGUCAACAUUAAGAAAAAGAACUCUUCUACACUGAAGUGAUUGCAACUAAAUAAAUUUUAAGUAACCCAUUCAUUCAUUACAUAGUGUACAUAUCUUGAUAAUCAUCAUAUGACAUAAUUUACUGUAGGAAAUUUCAAUGCCCUAUUUAUAAUUUUUCACAAAAACCAGGCAUCAAUCUAGAACUAUUUGAAUGACCUCACAUUAAUUCGAUGGCAGCACCAUCAGUUAAAGUCAUUUCACAUAGUUCAAUAUCUAGAGAUUCAGCCAGAGAGGCACAUCUCUAAUUUUUUAAUUAUUAACUUAGCAAUUGAAAUAAUAAAACUGAUGUCAAAGUUA